ACAAGUAUCGCAUUCACCAAUUCCGCGUUGGAAUAUACAUUACACACAUAUCACAUUUUUCUUUCUUUCUUUCUUUCUUGCCUUUAGCUUUGUCCCUUUGCCGCCGCAAAAUAACUGGUGUAAGUAAUACUAUAUUCUUUUUGGUAAUCACCAAUAAUCAGUGUUCAUGUCAUGACCCCUCUAAAACAGCGCAAUCUUUGCACAUGCUCAUGUGUCACCAUGUGGAUGGCUUUAUUCCAAACCCAAGUUACCGCCGUCUGAAGACCGCUAGCUCUUGCUGUGUGAAUUUCUAAUCCCUCUCCCUCCUUUUGCCACGUGGGUUUCUAAGAAUCUUCAAUCCUUAAGAUUUUUAUUUUUUAUUUUUUAUUUUUUAUUUUUUUUAAAAAAAGUGUAGUAACAUUGGCCAACUAACCAAGUCUACAAGAAAGAUAUUUAAAUAUGUAAAAUUUUGUGUGUUUAUACAAUUAUACCAAAGCCAAAAGGGGCAAAGUCACAUAUAUAAAUUUGUACAUACACUACCUCAUUUUUUAAAACCCAACAACCCAAACCUCUCCAUAGAUCUUCAUAUUUCUUCCUUUGUUCUCUCUCUGCUGCUUCUCUAUCUUCAUGGAGUGGACUAGAGGACCAACAAUAGGCCGCGGCUCCACCGCCACCGUCUCACUAGCCACGGCCGCCCCGUCCGGUGAGCUAUUCGCCGUCAAGACCACCGAGCUCUCUUCCUCUCUGUUCUUGCAGAAAGAACAACAUUUUUUGUCUCAACUAUGUUGUCCUCACAUAGUUAAGUACAUAGGCUAUGACAUUUCAUAUGAAAAUAACAAGCCUGUGUACAAUCUUUGCAUGGAGUAUGUACCUGGUGGCACGCUUAAAGAUGCAAUUCAAAGGCAAGGAGGGUGUCUAGUUGAGCCUAUGAUUAGAUCAUACACACAGCAAGUUCUACAAGGCUUGGAAUAUCUUCAUAUGAAUGGCUUGGCGCAUUGUGACAUAAAGAGCCAGAACAUAUUGAUUGGCAAGGAUGGUGCAAAAAUUGCUGACUUGGGCUGUGCUAAAUUGGUGGGAAGAGUUGCUGGCAAUGGAGGUUCUGCCACAUCAGCAAUUUCCGGUACUCCGAUGUUCAUGUCUCCGGAAGUGGCACGUGGAGAAGAGCAGAGUUUUGCAGCUGAUAUAUGGGCUCUUGGAUGCACAAUCAUUGAAAUGGCUACUGGAAGUACCCCAUGGCCGGAGAUGACUAAUCCGGUAUCAGCUCUUUAUCGGAUUGGUUUUUCCGGUGAGGUGCCAGAGAUUCCAAGGUGGUUGUCAAGUAAAGCUAGAGACUUUUUGAGCAAGUGUUUGAGGAGGGAUCCAAGGGAAAGGUGGACAGCUAAAGAGCUUCUUGAGCAUCCAUUUAUUGCAGAAUUGGAUUCUCUUUCUUUGGAAGUUAAGGACUUUACUACGAGUUCUCCAAUUAGUGUAUUGGAACAGGGUCUUUGGGAUUCAAUGGAAGUGUUGGAAUGUCCUAGGAAUGUACCCCAUGAAGGUAUUUUGUCCAAUUCUCCAGCUGAAAGGAUCAAGAGGUUGAUUGGAAGGACUAUCUCAUCAGUUUCGUGUGAGCCCAAUUGGACUUGGGAUGAAGAUUGGAUCACAGUGAGAAGCAAUGGCAUAGAGGAAAAUGAGAAAUUAGCUGAAAAAUUCGACGAGUUCUUUGCGGAUGAAAUUACAGCUGAAUCUGAAUUAGCCCUGGAUCAAGUUACUCAAAUGGAAGAGUUUGGAGGCUUAAUGUUUGAUGAGGAUUUGUUUGAAUACUCUGUUGACAGUAUUAGUGCCAUUAGUAUUAGGAGAGACUUUGUAAUGGAAUAUGAUAGUGUCAAAGAUGAUAUUGUAUUAGCAAUUUUAAAUUUUGAAUCUGAUAAUGAAAAUUUUCGUCUUCUUCCAUCUAAGUUACUUCAUUUGAAUCCUAAUUCAUUCAAUAUGAUCUUUAUCUUGUUUCUGCAAAUAGAAUUUCUUUACAAUCCCCCAAUUCCUUUAAUUUUGCUGGAAAAGCCAAGGUAA